CUCUCUCGCGCGCGCGCGCGCGCGCGCGCGCGCUCGGCCGCCUUCUUUCUUCUCCUUCCCAAGCGGCGACGACAGGGGAGUGGCGCCGCCCUUGCCAGUUCUUCGUCGGGCGCUUCGCUGGCCGACAAGUCUCCUUUUCUGCAAACUCGUAGUUGCUGAUGGGGAAAGCAAAGCGUGCCUCAAUCUUCAUCAGGCUGGUUUCGGCAGCUGGUACUGGGUUCUUCUAUGUGAAGCGCAAGAAUCCUCGGCGGAUCACUGAGAAGCUUGAAUUUAGGAAGUACGAUCCCCGUGUGAACAAGCAUGUUCUGUUCACAGAAGCAAAGAUGAAGUGAGAUCUUCUACCUUCAAAAUGCAGAACAGGAAUAGGUUGUCAACGUUUUGCAAUCAGAAAUCUCUUGUACCAUUAAGGAUGUAGCCCAACAUUGACAUGGUCUGGUUUCCAGUGUUCCAUUAGAUAACUGUAAUGGGCAUAUGAUUAAGGAUUUUAUGUGCUCUUCCAGUUGAUUUUUGCAACAAUAAAGAUUUUGUUGAAAUGGCGGCAA